GCUGGUGUAGCUAACAAUUUUCCAGUAGGCAGUUCAAGUUGCAAAUUGGGUAGCAUUGAGCUGAGACUUUUGCUUUGUGGAAACUUUUGUUUAUUUGUUUGCGCAUUCUGCGCUGCAAUGCAUACCGCUAUCAUUUUUGGCUUUGCCAUUGUGGCUCUGGUCGCCGGUAAUGGUGUCCGAGUGGAAUACAAACUUACACAACUUCACAAUCCACAAGGCAUCCUCAGCACCCGCAAAAAAUGCGAUGUUGGUUCCAAAUGCGAUCCGAAACUGACUGGCUAUGUUGACACUGAUAGCCCUCUGGCAACGUGGCCUGGACCAAAAACCAAGAAGGACUGGACAAAGAUCUUUGAGGCUUCGGAUGAAGAUAGUCCGAAAAUCAAUAAAAUUGUGUCGCGCGACUGCUGCUCUCGUGAUUGCUACCGUAAAGCCAACCUCCGAAUCGACGCUGUUGAUGCCGACGUUACUACUUCCGAUCAAAUGGAACAGUUCGAAUGUCUGAGUGGGCGUGAUGUGGCGGCCAGUGAGAGCCAAGCCCGCUGGUCAACGGAGAAACCCUGUGAUGCUAAAUUCAACCCGAAGGACGUCAAACUGAAUUACAGUUGGCGCGCGUUUACCAUUCCCGAUCGCGAAUGCGGACGACCUGUUGGUUCUGCCAAGAAAGCUUAGAUUUCCUGACAUAUGUUAUUUCCGCUUUCGGUUUACUGAUAAAACACUUGGGGCUGAAGCAUUUGUUUUUGAUCGAGAGGAGCUACUUUCGCUCACCGAAACAGAACAACAUUGGGUGUGAUCGUA